UUUUCGCGCCUUAAUUGUCUGUCGCGGUACUCUGAAGCAUUUUUAUAUUAAAUAAUAUUUUCUACGAUCCUAUUGUACGUUGUGUCCUAAGGGCCGAACCAUGGAUAAAAACAUUAAUAUCCGAAGUCCUACACCAGAAUAAAUACUUUUUCCUCGUGUUGUGAUAAAUUAUUUUUAGCGCUUUCGGUGUUGUUUAUUUUGUGCAUUGCUUAUGUAGUUGUUGAUAUCUGAUGACUCUCGAAGUAUUAAAUUGUAUCCGUUGAAGUGAGCGGUGGUUUUUCGGUUUCCAUUAUAAUUCAAUUCGCGAUGUCAGUAAAAAAAGAAAUAGUGAAACACGAAAAUGGUCGUGCGGAGUUGUUAUCCAAAAAACGAAAACUCGAUGAAAUGAUGAAUGGAUCAAUUAUCAGUAUAAAAUUAAAAAAUUUCAUGACUUUUACUGAAGUUGAAUAUCACGGGCAUCCAAAAAUAAAUUUAAUUAUUGGACCCAAUGGAUCUGGAAAAUCGUCAAUUGUAACAGCCUUCAUAUUAGGGUUUGGUGGUGGCCCGAAAGAUAUAAACAGAGGAGAUAAAGUCAGUCAUUUUGUAAAAUUGGGAAAAUCUCAAGCUGAUAUUGAAAUUGAACUUUAUCAAAAAUCAAAGGAAAAUAUGAGAUUGAGAAGAACAAUAUUUUAUACCAAUGAAUCUUGUCAUUAUUAUAUUAAUAAUGUCAUGGUCACAAAAAAAAAAUACAUUGAAAUUGUUGAGAGUUUUAACAUAAAAGUGCAUAACUUAUGUCAGUUUUUACCACAAGACAGAUUAGAAGAUUUUUCUAAAUUAGAUUCAAAAGGUUUAUUAUUAAAUACACUACAAAGUAUUGAAGAUACAGAUUUACUAAACAAAUUUGUAGAGUUAAAAAGUCUUGCUGAUGGUAUGGCUAAUUUUGAAAAUGAUCAGAAAAAAUUAAAAAAUGCAAUUAGUUCAGAAUUUUCUGUUAAUUCAAAGUUGGAAACAAUUGUAAAUUCAUUUACUGAGAAAAACGUUUUAGAAAAGCAAUUAUUAAUUGUAUUACAAAAAAGAUGUUGGUCAUUAUAUAUUUUAGGUUGGCGGCAAAUUCAAAAUGAAAUAAAAAAAUUUAGAAUUGCAGAAAAUCAUAAUAAAACUGCUUUGAGCAUUAUCAAUCGACAAAAAGAUAAAGUAAAUAAGAAAAAAUCUAUGGAAAUUGAUAUGAAAAAAAUUGUUUUGAAAAAUGCGAAUGUUGUUGGUAAAUUCCUAGAAAAAUUAAAUGAGAAAGUUGGAGUUGCUGAAUGUUACGUAUCUGAUUUAAAAGAACUAAAUAGUACAGUAAAAAAAAGUUCAAUUAAAAUUGAUGAAUAUAAAGAGACAAUAUCAAUAAUGGAAAAGAAGUUAGAGUCUAUAAAAAAUGAAACAUUAAAUGUUGAAGAGUGCAAACAAGAACUCCUUAAAAUUAAUAAAAAAAUGUUGAUUAUUGACGAAAGUAUUAAUCCUAUAAAAAAAAAUCUAAGUGAUAUUAAAAACCAACUCAUUGGUAUAACCGAUAAAAUGAUUUCCAUCGAUCAAGAACUUAGACGUGAACAACGAAAAGAAGAUGGUAAAAAUCAAUUCAUUGAAAGAAAAUUUCCUGAGUUGUGGAAAGCUGUAAAAUGGUUAAGAAAUUGUGAUAAAUCGUCCAUCUUUCGUGGACAAGUUUUUGAACCUUUAUUCACACAGAUUGAAAUUAUUGAGCAAAAGAAUGCCAAGUAUAUUGAAAAUAUUAUUCCAUAUCGUGAUAUGAUAGCAUUUGUUUUUGAGUAUGCAGAGGAUUUGACUACAUUUAAUAAUAUAGUUAAAAGAGAAGGUUGGCAAAAAAUUAAUUCACUUUCAGCUCCAUCUGCCAAUCUUUUAAUAAAUGACACACCAAAUUAUAAUAUAAAUAGUUUAAAGAAAUUUGGUUUUUAUUCAUAUGCAUUAGACAUGAUUAAAACUCCACUUCCAGUAAGAAGAUAUUUAAUUAGACAAUAUAAUAUGCAUAGCAUACCUAUUGGCUCUAGUGAUGUACUCAAUUCUUUGCAAAAUUUGCCUGAUGAUAUCUCAUUUUUAUUUGCUGGAAACGAUAAAGUUGUUUUAAAAUAUUCUUUGUAUACUAAUGAAAAAAUUACUCAUCAAUCUCCAAUAAAUGAAGCACAAUUUUUACUAUUUUCUGUGGAUUCUAAUUUAAUUCAAUCGCUGAGUAUCAGAAAAGAAGAAAUUAAAGCGAAAUGCGAAAGUUAUGAAAAAAAACAAACUGAAUUGAAUAACCUCUUAAAGAAUACAGAAGACAGUCGCCAGCCUUAUUUUGAAAAAAAAAAAGAAAUAAAUGGGAAUAUUAUGAAAUUUCAAGAUCAACAAAGAGCUUUUGAUAGAAUAGUGAAAGAUAUACAGUUUAUUCGAAGUUCACUUAAAAAUGAAGAGGGAAGAUCAACCGAAUUUUUAAAUCGAAAUUCGCAAUUAAUCAGUAAGUACUUAAGUUCAAUGCAAGAAGUUGUUGAAUUGUUUGACAAUUAUGCUACUGCUUCAAAAACGUUUACUGCAUCAGCAUUCAUUGUUAAUAAUUGUUGUGAAAAUAGUGAUGAAGAAACCAAAAUGCUGAAACAGUUAAAGUUGCUUUACGUAGCUAAUAUGAAUAAUUUUAGUGAUUAUCUGAAGUACAUACAAAAAUUGGAAUUAGAAUUGAAGAAAACAUUAGAGGUAGCUUUACAUUGGACUAAAGGGGUAUCUCCAUAUGAUAAAAACUUAUUUAAACCGUAUAAUGAUGCAUUUGAUACUAUAGAGGAAAGUGAUGUCUGCGAUUUAGAUAAUGUUAUUAUUGAGAAAAGAGCCAAACUUAAUUGUCUUUGCGUUGAUCCAAAAGCUCCUCAGUUAAUAAAAGAAUAUAAAGAGCGUAAGGUCAAAAUAAAAGAACUCGAAAAAAAAUUGGAGAAUUUAACUAACGAUUCCCAGUCUAAAGAAAAACAAAUUGAAGCCAUACAUUCAAUAUGGUUGCCAAAACUACAAAAACUUGUUAGUUCUUUGUGUUCCAAUUUUUCUAACUUUCUUACCACAUUUGGUUGUAGUGGCUUGAUCGAAUUGGAUGUUGGUGUUACAAGGUACGAUUAUCAUUCAUAUGGUCUAUUGAUUAAAGUACAAUUUCGCAAUGACCUUUCAUCAUUGAGACUUUUAGAUGCUAAAUGCCAAAGUGGUGGUGAACGUGCAUUGACAACAGCUCUGUUUUUGUUGGCUCUUCAAGAAGUUACACAUUUUCCAUUUAGAAUUGUUGAUGAAAUUAAUCAGGGUAUGGAUAAAAUUUAUGAAAAAAAGCUUAUGGAAUUGUUUAUGGAGUUGUUUGAAACUAGAAGUAACCAAUAUUUAAUCAUCACUCCAAAAUUGGUGCAAAACCUUUCUUUUAAAAACACAACAGUGAUAAUAAUAUUUUGUAUCGCUAAGAACAAUGAAGUAGAUGAAGAUGCGCUAAUUGUGGAAGAAAACGAGGAAAUAGAGGAAGAAGAUGAUUAUGAAACAGAGGAAGACUAACUGUUCAAUAUUUCUUAUCAAAUAUUAUAAUAUAAUAUUGUUACUAAUUUUUUAUUUUUUAUACAUGUGUAUCAUAUAUUUUUUAUUUUUGUUGUAAUGAAAGCACUAUAAUUUAUAACCAAAGUAAAUGUGUCUUAAAUUGCUUAACGAUAAUUAUUUUUAUAAUUAUUUAUAAUACAUUCUUCGAUUAAUAAAUAAUAAGUUGCCUUUUUAUUUCCCAACUGCUGCACACACUUCAAUGUCCAUCUAUAGAAUAAAAAACC